GUGAUCAGCCUCCGAUGGAGCUGAGCCGUGCUAAGCAGGCGAAGCCGAUGGCCUCGAGCUCAGCCCCCGCUUCCAAGCCGAGCCUGGUCCGCUUGGGGGGGAAGUCCGAUGCGCUGGCGGCGGCCAUUCGCAUGCCCGGGGUACGCUCGAACCCAGGCCAGCCUGCGACGUCGGCCGCGCAUGAGCAGGUGGCGCCAGCCCUCCCGGCGGCGCCUGCCGGCGGUGCCACUCAGGUGGAGACGCCUGAUUGCUGCGACUGGAGGUCCGAGGCGCAAUUGCACCAGCAGUUCCCCUCCGAGUACGCGUCGCAGCUCGUGAAGAUGAAGACCAGGCUGAAGCAGCGCAACGAUGGCAUCAGCGACGUGCGGCGCUAG